AUGAAGGCGACAAGUUGUGUGAGGGUCGUGCUGCCAACAGAUGAGAUCGUUCGAAUGGAAUAUACUGAGAAGACAACAGUUGCGGAUUUACUGAAGACGCUGGAAAAGCGCUGCAGUGUGCUUGAAACUGAUUGUGUUGGGGGAAUGAGCAGCAAGGACUGUAAUGACAAUAAUUAUGAUGAUGACCCAAUUCUCCAAACGACAAACAGUUGUCGGUCUAUAGAAUUGUUGUGUGGGGAGAUCAUUCACGGGAAGCUCACUCAUGUCCGCACAGCGUCGGAAUUGAACGGUCAAGCGUUAGUGAUAUCUGAAGUCGACGAGCUCGACAUAUUAGAGUUCGAGGUGGAUAGCUUGCGCUGUUGUAAUCCGAUGUCGAACUGUAAUACUCGGCAAUCCCGUAAGAUCUCGCCAAUCAUGAAUCUAACUUCUCAAACAGUAAUGGAAACAGUACGACCAGCCUCGACAACCUUGACUCAAUCGCUUAAAACAACAGACGAAGUAUUAAUGUGCUCAAAGUGUAUUGAAUCAACGAUGUAUUCAACCCGAGCUGUGUGUAAACGUAAACCAAGAGAGAAGAGGAAAACACCUGUGCAUCGUUUUGAUGUGGCACGACGGCGAGCUCGUCUACGUUUAAAGACGCGUCCGAAACGACUUCGUUCGCUAAUUGCUCGUACGAAACGACCUCGUCAUAAUGCUACUGAUCGUACGAACACUUUGCAUAUUCUUUUACGAGCUGGUAUCCAAUCAAUCGAGUGUAUACAUCUUAUUCAAUUGGAUGUAAGACGGCUGGUGUUUCUUCUUCGCGAUGCAGUAUUGGGCAAUCAUUCUGUGAGCAUGUGUGAUUUAUUAUCAAUCGCAAAGGCCAUGGUGGUAGCUAUGACGCAUACGAAAGCAGAUACGAGUGCAGUCUUGUCCUCUUCGUCACAAGCUGAAAACGAAAAUCUGAUUCGAAAAUUAUCAAGGGACAUUGCUGGCAAAGGCGGGGGAGUCACUGUUGUGCUAGAGGGUUGGGUCGUCACAGCUCAGUGGGGAACAUUAUGGCGAUCUCAGCGAAGGGAAUACGCAUGUCUGUGUGACAACCACAUGCUUUAUUUCUUUUCGAGCCAAAUGCAGUGUUCUGAUUUUAUAUUUGACUUGGGACGAGAACGUGAAGGUAGUGCAAGUGAAACUAGCAAACUUCUUCUGAAAAACAACACUCCGUUAAGUCAAGUGGAUUUAUCUGAGACCAAUUGGACGAUCCGUAGGAGUUAUAAAGACGAGAGCCACGGAGCGCAGCAUCGUAACGCGUUUGCCUUUUUUGACGCUAAUGUAGCGCUUUUGUGCAACUUUGAUUUUCUCUUUGUUAGCAAGGUAUUGUUCGGAUGGCAAAUUCACUACCUUUCAACCACAAUCACAUGCAAACCAAUCGCGACCAAUGAGCUCAUCACAGAUAUUGAAGGGUAUCUGGCGGCAACGAAGACGGUAAUUCGGGGAUAA